AUGCCCAGCCGUGAAGGUGGCAAGAAGAAGCCCCUGAAACAGCCCAAGAAGCAGGCCAAGGAAGAUAAGGCAUUUAAGCAGAAGCAAAAAGAGGAGCAGAAGAAACUUGAGGAGCUAAAAGCGAAGGCCGCGAGGAAGGGCCCCCUGGCCACAGGUGGAAUUAAGAAAUCUGGCAAAAAGUGAGCUGUUCCUGUGAUUGGGGCACUGGUGAUCCUUCAUUC